ACCUCUAGUCUUGCUUUGAAAAAGCCAUUUUGUGUAACUCUUGACUGAAUAAUUUCCUAAUACACCUGUUGCGUGGAUCACUGACACAGUAUGCUAUUUGAGAGGUACUUUUGCUUGAUCAAAUACUGGUGAUUAGAGAAGAGAGGUAUUUUAUUUUUCCUGAUCAUUAUGAACAUUGGCUUUUCACCCUGAAAUAAAAAUGUUGAAAACCGAGUCUUCAGGCGAACGAACCACUCUCAGAAGUGCCUCUCCUCACAGGAAUGCGUAUAGAACUGAGUUCCAGGCACUGAAAAGUACCUUUGACAAACCCAAGUCAGAUGGGGAACAAAAAACAAAAGAAGGUGAGGGCUCCCAGCAGAGCAGGGGGAGGAAAUAUGGCUCCAAUGUCAACAGAAUUAAAAACCUAUUUAUGCAGAUGGGUAUGGAACCCAAUGAGAAUGCUGCGGUCAUUGCCAAAACAAGGGGGAAAGGUGGCCCGUCAUCCCCUCAGAGAAGAAUGAGGCCCAAAGAAUUUCUGGAGAAAACAGAUGGCUCAGUUGUUAAGUUGGAGUCCUCUGUUUCAGAGCGAAUUAGUAGAUUUGACACAAUGCACGAUGGCCCUUCAUAUUCUAAGUUCACAGAAACUCGGAAGUUGUUUGAGAGAAGUGUGCAUGAAUCAGGGCAAAACAACCGUUAUUCCCCAAAGAAAGAGAAAGCUGGAGGGAAUGAACCUCAGGAUGAAUGGGGUGGUUCGAAGUCCAACAGAGGCAGUACUGACUCCUUGGACAGCCUUAGCCCCCGGACAGAGGCUGUCUCCCCAACUGUGAGUCAACUGAGUGCAGUAUUUGAGAACACCGAUUCCCCCAAUUCCGUCAUUUCUGAGAAGGCUGAAAAUGAGUACUCAGUGACUGGACAUUAUCCCCUGAAUUUACCAGCUGUGACUGUUACAAAUCUUGACACCUUUAGUCGUCUUAAGGAUUCUGAUUCUUGCACUCCUCCAAGCAAACACGGUGAUGAUGCAGAGGAUGCUCAGAAGAGCGACACAUCCCCUGUACCAGAAGUGGCUUCGAAAAGUACCUCUCUCACUUUGAUACCUAGUGAAGAGGCAGAGCUGAGCAAGGAAGCUGAGGACUCCACAUCUAACCAAGAGACUCCUGACAGAGUUGACAAAGACGUUCCCGGAGAACCUUGUGCUGAGAACAAGGCAAUGCCAGAGUCUGACAUCCUCUCCCCCCAGAGUGAGCCUUUAGAAGAUGCCAAAGCUAAUUUGGUUGGGAAUGAGGCAGCAAUGCCACAGAAGAAAGAGCUUGCAGGUGGUGAUUUUAUCUCUGCUGAUGCUUCUGGAUCCAGCUGUGGGAAGGAAGUACCUGAAGAUUCAAGUAAUAUUGAGAGUCCCCAUGUUUACAUGCACAGUGACUAUAAUGUAUAUAGGGUAAGAUCCAGGUAUAAUUCCGACUGGCGAGAGACAGGCACUGAACAGGAUGAGCAGGAGGAUAGUGAUGAAAACAAUUACUAUCAACCUGACAUGGAAUACUCGGAAAUCGUUGGAUUGCCAGAAGAAGAAGAAAUCCCCACAAAUAGGAAAAUUAAGUUUAGUAGCGCUCCAAUUAAGGUUUUCAGCACAUACUCCAAUGAAGACUAUGACAGGAGAAAUGAUGAAGUUGACCCUGUGGCUGCUUCAGCUGAGUAUGAACUUGAAAAGCGUGUAGAAAAGUUGGAACUUUUCCCAGUGGAACUGGAGAAAGAUGAGGAUGGACUUGGCAUAAGUAUUAUUGGAAUGGGUGUUGGAGCCGAUGCUGGACUUGAAAAGCUGGGAAUAUUUGUCAAGACAGUAACAGAAGGUGGUGCUGCUCAGCGGGAUGGCAGAAUACAAGUCAAUGACCAGAUUGUAGAAGUGGAUGGAAUCAGCUUGGUGGGAGUCACACAGAAUUUUGCUGCAACAGUUCUCAGAAACACCAAGGGCAACGUCAGGUUUGUCAUUGGGCGAGAAAAACCAGGACAAGUGAGUGAGGUUGCGCAGUUGAUAAGCCAGACACUGGAACAGGAAAGGCGCCAGAGAGAGAUGCUUGAGCAGCAUUACGCCCAGUAUGAUGCGGACGACGAUGAGAAUUCAUUGGAAAUGACAGGAGACUAUGCCACCGAUGAAGAGGAGGAUGAGGAGGGGCCCACCCUUCCCGGCAGUGACAUGGCCAUUGAAGUCUUCGAGCUGCCCGAGAACGAGGACAUGUUUUCCCCGUCAGACCUGGACACCACCAAGCUCAGUCACAAGUUCAAAGAGCUGCAAAUCAAACAUGCAGUUACAGAAGCAGAGAUUCAAAAAUUGAAGACCAAGCUGCAGGCAGCAGAAAAUGAGAAAGUGAGGUGGGAACUAGAAAAAACUCAACUCCAACAGAAUAUAGAAGAGAAUAAAGAAAGAAUGUUGAAGUUGGAGAGCUACUGGAUCGAGGCUCAAACACUAUGCCACACAGUCAACGAACACCUCAAAGAGACUCAAAGCCAGUAUCAGGCCUUGGAAAAGAAAUACAACAAGGCAAAGAAAUUGAUCAAGGAUUUUCAACAAAAAGAACUUGAUUUCAUCAAGAGACAGGAAGCAGAAAGAAAGAAAAUAGAAGAUUUGGAAAAGGCUCAUGUUGUGGAAGUUCAAGGCCUGCAAGUGAGGAUUAGAGAUUUGGAGGUUGAGGUGUUCAGGCUGCUGAAGCAAAAUGGGACUCAAGUUAACAACAACAACAACAUCUUUGAGAGAAGAACAUCUCUUGGAGAAGUCUCUAAGGGAGACACCAUGGAGAACGUGGAUGUCAAGCAGAUGUCUUGUCCAGAUGGCCUGAGUCAAGACUUGAAUGAAGCAGUCCCAGAGACAGAGCGCCUGGAUUCGAAAGCCCUGAAAACCCGAGCCCAGCUAUCCGUGAAGAACCGACGCCAGAGGCCCUCUAGGACAAGGCUUUAUGAUAGUGUCAGUUCAACAGACGGGGAGGACAGCCUAGAGCGAAAGCCUUCAAACAGUUUCUGUAACCACAUGCAUAUUACCAAAUCACUUCUGCCCAAGGGUUUGCGAACUUCUUCUCCAGAAUCAGAUUCUGGUGCUCCAUCCCUCACUUCCGAGGCUGUCAGUGUGCCCUUCUCCAAGUCUGACCAGAUAACUGAAUCUCAAGGACCCCUGCACCCAGAAAGGGAGCCUUCCUCCUCUACUUGGGGAGACACUUCACUCUCCUCUCCUUCAAAAUCUGAUCAUGAUAUGGAAGAAUCUCCUUGCCAUCAUCAAGCCACCACCAGGAAAAUAGCACAAGAAAAAGAUGGUGCCAAAGGUCCCAAAUCACUAAGGGCGUCCAGUUCAUUGGUGGUGCAAGGAGGGAAAAUUAAGCGGAAGUUUGUGGAUCUGGGGGCACCGUUGCGAAGGAACUCCAACAAGGGAAAGAAAUGGAAAGAAAAAGAAAAAGAAGCCAGUAGGUUUUCUCCAAGUAGCAGGUACGGGAUCUUCAGAGGCAGGCUGGACCACUGGAAAGCGAAGCCCUCCUCCGCAGCGCCGGCCUCCCCUCGCUCACCUUGCAUGCCUUUCUCCUGGUUUCACGAAAGCCGGAAAGGAUCCUAUUCCUUCAGGAACCUGCCUUCACCUCCAAGUCCCCUCCAGCCUUCUCCUGAAACUCUAAUUUCAGAUAAAAAGGGGUCCAAGAAUUUUACCUUCAACGAUGACUUCAGUCCCAGUAGUACCAGCUCGGCAGACCUGAGCGGCCUAGGAGCGGAGCCCAGAACCCCGGGGCUCUCUCAAUCCCUAGCGCUGUCAUCAGAUGAGAGCCUGGAUAUGAUAGAUGACGAGAUCCUUGAUGACGGACAGUCUCCCAAGCACAGUCAGUGUCAGAAUCGGGCCGUUCAGGAGUGGAGUGUGCAGCAGGUUUCUCACUGGCUCAUGAGCCUAAAUCUGGAGCAGUAUGUAUCUGAAUUCAGUGCCCAAAACAUCACUGGAGAGCAACUCCUGCAGUUGGAUGGAAAUAAACUGAAGGCUCUUGGAAUGGCAUCAUCGCAGGACCGAGCAGUGGUCAAAAAAAAGCUCAAGGAAAUGAAGGUGUCCCUAGAGAAGGCUCGGAAGGCUCAAGAGAAAAUGGAAAAGCAGAGAGAAAAACUGAGGAGGAAGGAACAAGAGCAGAUGCAGAGGAAAUCUAGAAAGACAGAAAAGAUGGCAAUAGAGGGGGCUGGGGAGCAGUAACACACCCUCUUCCAGGCGAAGAGGGUGCCCCAAGGGAGGGCCCACAUCUUCCUGCCCCGCUCUCCUCCGGGGGAAUGAAGAAGAAACUGAUGACGGGGGUAAUGUGCUGUAGGCAGAUUGGGGAACCUGGUGUCGAAUACCUGCAUUUUCUGUGAUAAUAGAAUUCCUUUCAUUUUAACCUACUUAAAUAAUCCUAAGCCACCUUUAGUUUCUUAACAAACCAAGGAGCUCAUUUGUGAGAGCUGCAAAUGUUUCCCUCUUCUCUGACUUACCAACAUCUUGUGUUGUGUUGGGUGGGUGCGUGUGUCACUUGGAAAACCAGCAUGACAGUGCCCGACAAGAGCAUGACCCACCCUGGUGUUGUGAAAUGGAGUGCCAUGGAUGUCCAGCAUGGGGUCCUGACCCUGGGUGUUUGUGUCUGUCUGCAUGGCUUGAGCGCCCUCCUGCCAUGAGAUCUCGGCUGCAGGAUCCACUCCAAAGUGUGAGAAAGGUCCCCCUUAUUUCUGUGUCUGGACAGUGAGACAACCCCACUGUGGAAACGUGGGUGCUCUGCCCCAGAAUCACUUCCCAUGGCAGAAGUUGAGCAAACUGUUCUGCUUGCUGGGCAUCUGAAGGAGAGAAAAGAAUUCUAGUAUGUGUUCACCCCAGAAGGAAGCAAAAGCCUUAAGAAUGUGGAUGUGGUAUUACCUUGGGAUUCUGAGGAUAAUAUUUAUCUUCCAGAUUUAGCCAAACAAAGGAAAAAUCUGACAUGAAUGCAGCCAUGGGAUAUUGGGAUCUGUUGUUUACUUUGCUACUGCAGCAUCUCAGUUUGUCAGCAACACUGACACACACGACAAAAUUCCUUUUCCCCAACAAAUUGAACAGGAAAUUGGUUUUUAAGGAAACCAACAUUUUCAGGUUUCCUCUCCCGGGGAACAUUCUGGCUAGUCUGCAGCCCGAUGAUGACACAGUCGGGAACUCGUCACAUAUUUUCAACUCAAGAUUUCCCAAGUGGACUCGGCUAGUAUUUUAACAAAUGUACUUUUAAAAACAAUAGAAAUACCAGUUCGAGAAAACUUAGAUUUGAGUAACAUGCAACUAGAGAAGCAAUUUGAGCACACAGAAUGUCCCCAUAAAGGUGAGCUGUCAGUUAUGUUUAGAGAUGCUCUGAAUGGUUUUUCUGAGACAUUCUCUCCCAUUCUUUAGGGAUCUUCAUUUAAAGUUAAAGUUUAUUUAAGAUAGUACCCAGAAUACAGUCUAGCAGUGGAGCUCAUAUUUUAAAGCCAGUAUUAAGGAUUUCAACAUUUCGUCAAACUAACUCAAAUGCCAGGGACUAAGGCAGAAGGAGGAGAAACUAUAACUCAUCUUGAGAAAUUUCAAAUAAUGGAUCUUUUUGUUGAUGUUGUUGUUUUGCUCCUUAUGAUUAUGUAUCUGGUUCUGUUUGCUGCAUUGGCCCUAAAAAUGAGGUCACCCACUUUCCAUGGGACAGGUUCCAGAAUAAGAGUUGAGGGCAGACAAAUUCUUUGACAAGUAUUUUACUUCCUUUUCUGGGUGGAGAGUCUCAGUCCAUAUCUUGCACUGGAAAUGUUACAUACACAGAGCUUAGGGGCGCUUUUUGAGGUUACAGGUAACAGAUCAUGUAAAGGGCUCCAGCCCAUAUAGCUCCAUCUCUUAUUUUGAACAUUGUGUUUUGCUUGUUUUUGUUUUUUGCUUGUCUGAAUAUGGGAAAUCUGGAAUAAUCUAAACUAGAAAUUCACAAUUCAGUUCUUUCCUGAAGGCCUGCCUCCUUUUUAGUGGCAGAGUAUUGCCUGUUUGGCUUCAGUGCUUCUGUCACUAGGUAUAGAUUACUCGCUAUGUUUUACAGUUACCCGUCACUAUGUAUAUUUUCUCUGUCUGUCUUCAUUUUGGGGUAUGAUAAUGAAGCUGCCAUACUGGAUAUUCUAUUUAUAUUUUGAGAUGUGUGGUGCUUUGCUAUUUAUUAAUACCAUGAGAAACAAGGAACCACUAUUACUGAACUACCAAUUCCAGCAAACCUUUUCUAAUACUAAAAGACUAAAUUAGUCAAAAUGUGGUAAUACUAGUGCUUGCUAUUGUACAUUUUUGCCAUCUUUGCAUAUCUUUGAAAAAAAGUGAUCUAGAUCACACUGGAAAUUUCACUGUAUUCAUUUUAAGAAUGAAAAUGGAAGGAUGAUUAUCUUAUGUUUACACUUUGGUAAUAUUUGAAAAUGGAUGUAAAUACUGGAAAUGUCUGUAAGUCUCAGUCUCUGCACAUAAUUUAUGAUCUAUUAUAUUGCAUUUUCUUAAAAGUCUUCAAAUAUUGUUCUUAGUUUUCAGUUUAUCUGUAUACUUCCGAUGUUUAGAUUAAUGACCAACUGACAAUAUUAUUAAUCACAUUCUUUUUUUCAAAUCAUUUCAUUUGUGUUAUAACUAUUUUGAUUUUUUAACUUAAAUUAUAGUAAUUUUCAUCUGAAUGAGUUAUUUUUAACAUUACUACUUAAAACUGCUGAAAUUAUAAGAGGCACUUGAUUUGAUUGUCCAGAAAAGGAUAAAAUGUAACUGACUGGUGAAAGGUCAUGAAAACAGUGAAGGGCCUCAAGACUUGGGAGCAUUUUGUUUUCGUACUUUUUUUUUUUUUAUCAACUCUAGUGCAUGAUGCCUAAGUGAGGUGCCAGUGCCGUACACAUUCCUGCUCUAAUGCUAGUGGUUUUCAGUGUCCAUGCAAUUUAACACAGAAUUGUUGCUUCAUGAACCUUUAAGACUUUGCAGUUUUUUCUUUAUCAGAAAAUGAACAAAAAGGGAAUAUCUGGUUAUAUUCUCUAAACGACAGCUCUAUUUGACUCUGACAAUAGCCAAAAGUGUUGGGGGUAUAGGUAAUGCUUUGGGGAGGGCAGGUGGUGUGUGGUGAGGAGUGUUCUGGGUCAGGCUUUUCCAUUGAAGGACUUUAGUUUUGUAACAGAAUUACUUUCUUUAAGACUGUCUCCCUUAGAGUAACUCACAGUUCAUGUAACAGUUUUCUCAUUCUCAUUCAUAUUCUCUCUCUCUCUCCCUCUCUUUCUUCCUGAAUUAGAAGUUAACUUCAGAGUGAUGUUAGGUCAGAAACCAACUUUGCCCCUUCUAGCAGACUGAUGAAGUCCUCCUCUAGUUUUUUGACAAUAAAGCUAUUCUAUGCUUUCAUUCUUUAGCUGGGGCUUGAUGAAUUUCCUACCCUUAACGUCACAUAAGCAUUUUUAACUCCAGCGCUAAUGCCAACCUCAGCUUUUAAGAGGGAGGCAAUGGGAACACCUACCUGGUGCUCCUGUUAUCGUUGGAAACAAAGUGGCAAGAGGAAGAGUGAGGAACCAAAUUAACCCUUGCCACUGCCUGUUAUUCUCUUUCAUCUCUAGUCUGAAAUCUUAAAAUGUCCGAGGCCCAAGCUUCAAAUAUAAUCACAGAUUGUUUGACUUUAAUUAGCCCUAUGGUUUUUGCUGAAGACAAAUAAUUCUCAUCUAGGUUCUUUGUGCCAUUGGAUUAACAUGUGCUUUCAAAUACAUUUUAAAAGGUAAAUUUUGCAUUUAUAUGGAUAUUCUGAUUUAUUUAUAAAGUGUUAAAGGUUAUGUAGACCAAGCCUAAAGAGAGAAAACCAUGCGUUUAACAAUGGGAUUUAAGAAGAUUCUAAAGGGAGGUGUCUUAACAAUUUUAAAGAAGCAACUACACUUUGAAUGUGUGGUAGCCCCCUCGUUACACUGAGGUAUUUAAGUAUUACUAAAGCCCAUCGGAGUAACUGAAGGUACUGUCCCAAGAGCUGCAGAUGAGGGGCACUUCCCUUUGAGAGACAGCAGCACCAGGGUUCAUGUCACCUACUUGAGUCCUGAGUGGCUUCUGAAUGUUCAAAUGUACUUUAAUCAAGGAUCUACCUGUAAACGAUUCUGAAGCUAAGCCUUGAAGGAUGAGGGAAGUAAAAUGUCCAUAUUUUCUACCAGAAUUGUUUUUAUUAUGAUGAUGGGGUGAAAAGUAAAUUUCUAAAGAAAACAGGGUUGUAAGAAAUAUGAAUGUGGUUGCUGCAAUUCACUCCUGAAAAACAACCAUAAUCUGCAGGCAGAUUUUAUUUAUGUUUUUCUUAGUUAUUUAAAGUCUCAGGAAACUGAAUCUUGGUCCAAAACACUGGGGGAAAAAAUAACACCAGUAGUACACCAGUCGUAUUUGCAUAACAAAAAAGUAGGAGUAUAGAACAGACCCAACCAAGAAGUCAGAGGGCAAAGAAGAAGCCUAAAGGAUCCAUGUCCCCCUGGGAAACGAAAGCCUUAAGUUCUCCCCAAGGGUGAACAGAGGAGCCUUACACGAUGCGUUGAGGGAAUGAUUGUUACUUGAAGGCUCACGUACAUAUGUGUGUGGACCAAGUACAGCACGUGACCCACUUCCAAAUCUACAGAGUGGGGAAGGCAAGAACAUGCUGAUUUCCCAUCCUUGGCCCUACGCCAGUCUUUAGCGCUAAAGAUUCAAGAAUGAAUAAGAGGCAAGGGAUAAGGGAACAAGAGGCAACUUCUCGACACUGUGCAUGCCACUUGUGUAGCUAUACAGACUACAUAUGUGUGAAUAUAUCUCUCACCUUGCACACACACACCGCAAUGACAUGGCAUUCAACAAAUAGAUCCUGUCUUUGGAACUUGGUGUUGUCAGUGAGCACCCCCAGCAGUAAUCAUAGCCUUAUUGCCACUUUUUGUGUUGUGUAUACAUUGAAUGGCUCAUAAGAUUUUAAGAGAUUUUUUUAAUGUAUUUCUUCUACUAAAUGCACUUAAUCCUUCUAUAUGUCUAUAUAUUUUGGUAAAAUUGAUUUAUUAGAAACUUGGUAUUUUAGUAAGAUAAAGUUUCCUCAAAUGUUUGGUUAACGCUUUGAUGUCGAGAUUGCACAUCGCUGAGCUGAAACUCAGAAGUUUAUGCAGCUUCAGGCAUUUUCAACUGCGAACCGCAGUGUCCUUUGCUAAAAAUCGCACUGCGUGUUCUUGUGCACUUGCUCAUGCUCUAAUAUGACAUUUUUGGUCGCUGUGAUGCAUAAGCCACUAACUACUGGCUCUCUGAUGGCAGCGUUGUCAUCCCAUGACCAUUACUUCCUCUUUUGCUGAGUGAUGGCCUGGUUGGGUCAUUGCCAAAUGGACAUGAGUGUGAGUAUGUUGUUGGAAGGUGUAUACUUCUAGUUCUCUGGCUGUUUUAUGGACACACCCAGGUUCUCUGUUAAGGAUUUCAUCUUUCGUCUGUGAAAGAACAAUUGGCCAAGGAUAGUUAAAUUACAUUAAAAAGUGUGAAUUAGGAAGCACUCCAGCUAGAAAACGCCUCCCAACAACAUCAGACUUCGUUAGUGCUUAGUGAAAUCUCUUAAAUAUUUAUGUGUAUGUUUUCCUUAGUAUUAUUUAUGGUCAUCACUACUGCUUUUGUAUUUUUUAAUGGUGUUACAAUGGAACCACAAGUACACGUGCUGCAUAUGACUAACAAACUGGCCGGCUGAAAUAUAAAAAAAGAGAGAGAAUGAAUUCUGUCCCAUUGUAAAAAGUUGGUUUAUUUUAAUCUUUCUUUAUAUAAAGGAAAAAAGUUGUUUGGAAGUCAUUUUAAGUCCAAUAAAUAUGGAUAGCAUGUUAUCUGAACCUUGAUUUGUACCUUUCGGUGUCCAAUCAUUUGCAUGGAAGAGACAAUAGUGCCACGUCUGAAUUGUUCUCUGUGCUUGGUUAUUAUGUAUUUCUCUAGAUUGUUCCAUUUCCAAUGACAUUUCUUACUCUUUGGUUUUCAGAGGCAUUCGAAGCAAGAUAUCCUUUGUUUUCUGAUCAAUCUAAAAAUACAUGUGAUUAAGUUUAAUUUGUUAGUGUAAAUAAAUUUCUUGCCAAUGAGUAUUAUUGUUGUUAGACAACGAAUGCAAUAAAAAAGAGUAAUACUGAGA